GGUCCUCGGGCAGGCAUUAACAUGAAUGAUGGUUUUGGUGGCGGCGAUGAGAUUGCACACAACCUGGUGUUUUCCACGUGUCGAGAAAGUGGAGAUCACGGCCCCUUCAAUUCAUGGGACCGACAGCCGUUCUUCACCAACAUUCGGACUGGAAAACCUUCCAUGAUAAUGCAGUGGCGGUCGAUUCACCACAAUUUUUUUUAUCGACAACUACUCACCCCAGGAAGAUGUGGACAAUGAUGAUGGGAGCUGUUACUACAAGACUCAUGACAAUUUUCUUGUUUACGGACGCCAGGCGAUGAAGAAUGACUUUGGAGGCCAUGACAACCAUCAUUAUGAUAAUGUGGAUGCAUAUGUUGGGCAAGCCUUGGGUGUUUGCGAAACACUUCCAAAACACGAGGAUUCUUUUUACGGCAACUAUGUGGUGAUGACGGGUGAUGAAGUGGGUACCUGCCUGAAAAACAUGUACCGGAACCGAUACUUCACACCCAGCGGCAACAUCUCCGGCUCAUGUGAAAGUCAAUUCGGAGCCCUCACGGUUGCCAAGCUUCCGACUGACGAAGAAAUCCUCCGAGAAGCCAUGAAAAAACUUGGAAUGGAGGAACAACUCUUGAUGGUGUGAGAUGUUUCAAACGCAAACAGGCUGUCAGAUAUGUCGAGUAGAUAGAUGUCGCCUUUGAGAUUUCAACGCGAGGGCCGAAAAACGGACCUGGGGAUUUGCGCUGUUUGAGCUGCCACUCGCAUUCCGGGUCCAAGGGUUGCACAGUGCCAGUCUUCCCCAAAAAUCCCGGCAGGCGCAGUGCUGGGGGUGCUUGCGGUUCCGACGCUCAACGCCUGUGGUCGCUGCCCAAGACCUGUGAUUCAAGGCGUCUAUUUCUCGCGAGAUCGUGGAUCUCAACCGUGUACCACGCUUUAGGUGUUCCGGGGAGCUCUAAGAUGUUCAAAUCUCUGUUUGUCCGCAGUUGAGGAGUUUCGUUAUGAUGUGCUGGAGUCCAACGGUCCAUUCUAAACACUUAUUAUAUAAGACAUUAUAAGACCUGUAAUUUUUUCAUGCCAUAUAGAUAACACACGUUACUUUUGGAGAUGCCGCCCCGCCGUUCGUGUGGCAACCAGCAAAGGGAGAGGAAUGAAGAGAAGUGGAGCAGUGCUCUCACAACAAGUGUCAUGUUUCAAUUUGUUCCAAUAUCAUUUCGUUGGCAAGGCUUCAUUCUGUUUGAGCAAGCGUGGAGUUAUAUAGAUCAGCCUGGUAAGACAGGUCCGACAGGCUGGGAAUGCCAGCGUUUCGAGCGAUGUACCACUAAUUAUACCUUUAUAGUACCACCGUCGUGACAUGGCAAGGAGAGUCGCACGUGCGCCCUUGCAUGUGUGCGCUCUUGAACUUUCACGCUCAUGCCGCAUCUUCCGGCUGGCG